GUGUAAAUUACCCCCAGAAGUGUCAAAAUAGUCCCAGAAUUCCAACCCGGGAACGUAACAAUUGCCCGCAGAUAAUUAUAAGAGUAAAACACUCGUCGGUCUCGAAAUAUUUCCCACAUUGGUCUGUUGGACUAACGAAGCUCUUUCGUAGACUUAUCCGCGCUUCAGAUCUCGAGCGAUUCCAAGAAUAUGGACGAUUUACCUUCUAUUCGUCUUAAUCUAACAGUCGACCGGUGAAAAUACGAUUAGAUAUCCACGAGCCCUCGAUAACGCCUAUCACAUCCACUGUUUGUAAUUGGGAUGGUAAAAUUGUAAAACUCGGGGGGGUAGAAAUCACACGCCAUCUGCUAGACCCUUUUUCUAGUCUUUGAUAACUCUGCUACGCCCUUUGUCACACCGCUACUAAUCGCUCUCGCCACAUCUCGCGUGUAUAUAUAAGCGACGCUUUUAAUUCCCUAAUUGUUUUAUCACAAUCGCCUGUAAUUACGCAUUACAGAAACUCUUAACAAACGCCACUCUGCCCCUCGGCCCCGCGUCCGGCGUGUUCGUCGAAUGCAUUCUCAAAUCGGAGCGGAAAGACUCGUUCAGUGAUCCGCACAGAUGUACGCGGCAGUGCAGUUUUGUAAGACAAGAAAAGUGAUUCGCGUGCAUGAAUCACGAGACUAAUCGGCGUUGGUGAGUUAUCCGGAAACGAGCCGCCGUCUGAUACGUCGUUCACCAAGUCCCUCAGCAGCUCGAGCCGGUUUCCAGCAGUUCGAGGAACAGCAUAGGUGAGGCGAAUCGGCGGCUGAAGGGGGAAAUAGACCAAGUUACCGAGAACUUGGUUUAUGCACGGGUAUUGCGGAGGGAAGAGCGAGCCGUCCCUCAAGUCUAAUCCUGAGCCAGGGGUUCGAAUACAUACUUAACAUUGGCGGGUCGCGGGAGGAGGCGAGGGCGGGCGACGAGAGUACGGUGAACCGGAAGCGAACGCGACGGUGGCCGGCUCGGUCGAGGAGGAGUUCGCGGCGGCGCCUGGGCCGCGCAUGCUUCAACAACGAGGCUGUACAGCAACAGCAACGACACCCGCACCCGCUACGACGGCCGGCUCAGCAUCAUCGUCUUCAUCAUCCUCAUCGUCCAACAUGUUCCCACAACAGUACUGCCUGAGAUGGAAGUACCAUCACAGCAACCUGCAGACCAUGUUCUCGCAGCUGCUCGAGCGGCAGGCCUACUGCGACGUCACGCUCGCCUGCGAGGGCAAAACGUUGCGGGCGCACAAGGUAGUACUGUCGGCGUGCAGCACGUAUUUCGACACGAUCCUAUCGCAGUACGAGGAGAAGGACCCCAUCGUCAUCAUGCGUGACGUCAAAUUCUCGGACAUCAAAGUGCUGGUCGAGUUCAUGUACAAGGGAGAGAUCAACAUUGAUCACACGAGGCUGUCGUCGUUACUGAAAACCGCCGAGGAUCUACACAUCAAGGGGCUCGCCGAGGUGAGCUGGCGCAGCGACUCCACGCAAAAUGACCUGAAUAACACUGGCCACAGUCCCAGCACCGGCACGCCCGGCGUGGAGACGGUUUUGCGGGAGGGUGAAACAGACGAGACUCAACCGACACCCAACAAGAGACGCAGAGGUCGUCCGCCUCUGGACGAUCCACCGUCGGCACACGACGUCUUCACACCCAAGAUCACUUGUAUCACCGGAAACGAGGAAAUGAUGAGCGAGGGCGGCGACCAUGAGAGUUGGGACGACGAGAUGAUGAUGAACGAGACUAACGAAACGCCACUGCCGGUGCUGUCCUACAUGUCCAAGGACGACGCAUCCGAGGAAAAGAAAGCAGCUAGCACUCCGUCAAACUCUAACGCCACAAAUCUGUCGAUUCCCGAACAAUUCCGAGACGUAAUAAAGAUGAACGAUUACUUGACGACGGGACGUCGACAGGAGUUCUGGGAGGAACCGUUCACGCGCCGCGUUAUGGACGCCAUCAAGAGCAAAGAGCUCGAGAUGAAGACUGCCGCCGAGAUCCUCGGCGUCUCUUAUGGCACUCUCUACGGCAGAUACCGCGACAGUUAUGGUUGCCUUAAACACCCGUACAGAGUAAGGGAUUUUUGGUCUGAACCGGGCCCCGCGGAAGUGCUGGCGAAGCUGCGGCGAAAGGAGAUAACAUUAUUCCGAGCCGCCGAGUUCCUCAAUGUCACCGUCCACACGCUCGCGACUUAUCUGUCAACGCUGCAGGGCCCGGAUAGAAUCUCAUUGUCCGGUGACCUCAACGCAGCGUCCAGCGGUAGCAUCGACAGCGGCAGCAACAACAACGCGACAGAAGCCACGACGACGGAGAACAGCGAGUCCGUCAACGACAUCCUGCAGAAGAUCAACGCGAACGUGGCGACCACGACGUCGAUUAAGCGCGAGGGCGGCGGCUACAUCGAGGUGCCGACGGCAGUGUCCAAGUGUUCCACCACGUCCGUGUUGGAAAAUAACCCGGACAUCACGAUCGUCAAAACGGAGAACUUGCUGCGUAAGCGCGAAUAUACGAAAAUGUCCACAGAGAACAACAACGCGAAGCUGAUGAGCGGAGGCGCUGUCAGCGAGGUCAGCCAGCAGCAGCAGCAGCAGCAGCAACAACAACAACAGCAGCAGCAGCAGCAGCAACAACAGCAAAAGCUCGCCGACCCGUUGUCAUUAAACAACGACAACAGCAAACCCUAACUAUUCAGACCCUACUUGACACCUACGGCGAAUCACCAUCAUCCGCGCAGCGUAGCGCCAAGCGGAGCCAGCUAUAGAUCCGACCUGCAGUGCCCGCGUAGUUUCUAUUCCAACGUGUUUUCCCGCUUUCUCACGAAUUUUCAUUUGAAGUAGAUGAAAGAGAGGCAGAAGGAGAGCGGCGCUGGACACCGCAGUUCCGCGCGCGCCCAAUUCCGCAAGAGUUUAGCGCCUCUGACAAUCUCGCGUGCGAUCGUUCGCGAUUGGAGCGGCGGAGCGCCGUGGCUGCGGCGGGGCGGAUAAAACGCGAGAACUUUGUGACGACACCCCUGCCUUCGAAUCGACUCCCGCGCGACCACGGCCUAUCGUCGCGUAUUUUUCACGUCUUAAGAGUAUAAAACCUGAUCUACAAUAUGCUCUUUGCGUCUAGUAAUAUUCUAUUUUGUGGAUAUCCAUACCAAUCAAUAUGUUUAAAAACUUGGAGCAAAUUGAAACCGUAAGCAUGUACAUUAUGUACUGUAUAUGUAUACAUUGUCGAUCAAUUUUUCCAGCAUAUUAAUUUGCUUAUAUAAUACAAAACAGAAUAUUUCUAAUUGCAAAAAGCACACUGUGGAUUGGACUUGAACGUCGCGAAUUCUCCUAGCGGAGUUAGUACCGAAAUUCCUCCCGUUUUAACUUCAAAUUGGACUUUUGAUCCACACAGGUCGGUACGCGCGCGCGCGCGUACACGACCUUGGCCUUUACGAGGAAAAAUGAAAAAGCAAAAGAAGCAACAAAAGGGAUAAAGCGUAUAAUAAAAAGUUCACUCGAAGUUCCUUUUGAAUAACGAUGUAGAGUGUAUUAUCGCAACAAAGAAUGCCUAUUUUCUGCCGCAUGUGUCUGUAUGGUAAAGAGCGACAAUAUAUUCACCACAAGUAGACCCAUCAUAGUAAUACACAAAGUGAAACGGAGAAAGGGAGGGGGUGAGAAGAAAGAGAGAGAGAGAGAGAAAGAAAUGAAGCUGAAUAACGGUCCUUCGACGUAGAUAUGUUCCACGUGCGAUCGUCGUUAGGAUCGCCUUAGGAUCACGUUUCAGUUAAUGCCCGUAUAUAAACUCGAGAAUUUAAAUCAUAAAGCUUGUACUAUUGGAAAAGGCGUCCAUUCGAUAUGUGGUAUACGGUACGCGACACAGAGAGAGAGAGACAUAUAUAAAACGAAAGACCUGAGAAAAAAGGCGAUUGUAGAUAGUAUUCUCACCCAUUUGUAUUUAAAAGAGUAUUUAGUGAGCUAGAGAGUGAGAGAAUGAAUGAGAGAGAGAGAGAA